AAAAAAAACCAGUCGCGUGGAAAUUAUUCCGCAAACUUUCCCCUCUUCGAUUAUCUUUCAUCUUUUUAGGUACGAGCUGUCUACCUUCCGUCUCCUUAAUUUUUUCUUUCUUUUUUUUCUUUAACGAGCGUUUCGAAUCCUCCACUUUGCUGCACACACAUACGUUUCGAUCAAAUCAACUAUUCCACUUAUCGCUCUGUCCUUCACAUCCUUUACCUAUGAAGCCACCCUAAGCCUAUACGCGGCACGUGGCAAGUGAUACUUUAAUAAAUCUACUUGAUUCGUGUUUUAGACGAUCGUGAUUAUUAUGAUUAAAAAAAAACAAACAAACAAAAUGAAUAAAAAAAAAAGAAAAUAACAGAGUCUCGUUUUCGACGCGUCACGUCGAGAGAAUUCUAUUAUCUAUAAAGGGGCGGAAGAGCCAACUAAGGUUCGUCACGAUUUUAACCGAUCUCGACGAAUUGGACUUAUAAAUUAGAAAGUAGUACUCGCUAGAAAAGUACAACUGACUCGUCGAAACGAGACACGCGUGGAAUUAAUAUUGUAAAAGAUAGUUAACGGACCCUCCUUAGGUUCCUUAGGUAACGAGUGUUUAACGAGAGAGAGAAACUAAAAAAAAAAAAAAAAGGAGUAAGAAGAAAAUUACGAAAAGAACGCGUUAGGUACGAUAAUGCGCCGAAACGUUAAGAUUAUAACGACAGGUGUUAACAACGUUCUUUUCUUCAUGUACAUAGUCUCGCGUAUUACCUAGACCUGCGUUUAGAAUAACCGAAAGAUUUUUCGUUAUUCGUGGUUUCGUUCUACGAAACGAAUGAAUGGAAGACGAGAUGCAGAUGCUGCGUCCCCUUUGGAAAUUUGGGAUACCUUUUUUGUCCCCGAUUUUCACUCGACCGAUCGAAUUUUCGAUCCCUGGACAGAAACUACUCUAACUACUAUGAAACUAGAGAGGAUUUUUCAAAAUUCCGGGAAGAAAGAGAAGUUCUUUUUUUUUUUUUUUUUUGUAAACACGUUCGUCUCUAAUUUUGAGUUCGAUUUUUUUUUAUUCGAAAUUUAAAUCUUCGAUCGAACGAAGAAGACACAAAGAGGUGAAUCGUUUUUUCAGAAAUAUCGCAAAAGGGGAGGAGAAACUUCCGCAAUUUUGGAAAAUACGUCUCUAAUUUCGGAUCCGAAUUUUAUUAUUCGAAAAAAAAAGACGAGUAGAAGAGAAAAGGGAACGAAGGCUUCUCAAAAUUUCAGAGGGGAGAGUAAUUAAUUAAUUACCGGAGUAAGAACGUGAGGAAGAACCGACUCGACUUAUUCAGAGACAACGACACAACGCAUUAUAAAGUAAUAAUGAUAAACUUUAAUGUUAAAUCAACGUACUAUUGUUAUGAUCUCUUACACUACGAGAGGGUGAUCUCGAUGACGAUCGUUGCGUAAUGUAAAAACGCGUUUGCACGUGUGUUUUUUCAAUGCGUUCACUAAAUAAAAAGAAAAGAAAAAAAAAAAAAAAAAAGAAUAAACAAAGUGAUGGAACUAACGUUGUAAAACGGUAAAUAUUGUAGACGAUAAGCGAGAGAAAUACCGUUGAGAAAAUACCGGAUGAAAAUUCAAAAAAAGAAGAAGAAAAACAGGAGAGAAAGGAAAGAAAAAGAAGUUAAAUAAAAAGACAAAGGGGGGUGGGGAGGGGGGGAAGAAAUCACGAUGUUAAGUAAGUAGUCGCAUAGCUUUGUAUACAUACAAGGGAGUUGCCGAAGAAAAACGAAGAGACGACGUUAAAAGGGAAAGAGGAAAAAAAGGGGGAGAGCUUGCAGCGAUAAUCGGCGAGUUUUCGAGGCGAAAAGAUAAACACGAGGAACGCAAUUCUUUUUUUUUCUUUUUCAAACAGCUGCCAUUCGACGACGAGAGAUACGUGCUACCACCAUCUUCGAGCGGACUUGUGCGAUUUUUCGGAUAUAGGGGUUCCGUGAACACGGUAUACACGCUGUCGCUCGAUUCCGCGAAAACUCGAUUCUGUUAAUCGGCCAACACGAAAGCCACCAUCACAUCCAUCCGCGCGGAAAACGCGCCUCCUCCGAAUGGAGAAAAAUCCAAUUUACUUUGGGCGCGCGAAAAAUUCCAAAUUUCAAAUUCUUCUCCCGAGGAAAUAAAAAGAAAAAAAGGAAAAAAAUGUCAAACUCGCCGCCCCUCGUCCUCGUAGCGGGAAAGGGGGCCUGAAUAAUUUAACCGAACCGAAACCUUCUUCCCCGAAAUUGGAUUUUCGUCCGUUUGUUUUCUUUCAGAAUUUCUUCCGGUAAAUGGAAUUAAAAAUGUGCGAAUCGACGCAAAUUCGUUUCUGGGAGACCGUGAAUUAUACACGCAUGGAGGAAUUGUAUCGCCCUCCUCCAUGCCGUCUGUCGAUUUCCGUUCCGUUUCCGUCGAAUCGUGUGAAAACGGCCGUGUUUCACCGUGUUACGACGUAAUAAUAGUAAUAAUAAUAAUAAUAAUAAUAAUAAUAAUAAUAAUAAUAAUAAUGAUAAUGAUAAUGAUAAUGAUAAUGCAGAUCACACCUGUGUACCGUGCCCCGGUAUCUUCGUAAAUUCGUUGAACCGAGAAGCAAUACUACGGAUGCCUAUAAUUAUUAAAUGUUAUGCGUUUUGUCUUAUACAACAAAGAAAAAAAACCGAGGGGGGAAGGGAGGGAGGGAGGGAGGGAGGGAGGGAGGGAAAGAAAAAUUAGGAACUCGCGUAUUAGGAACACGCACAUCAGACACUUGUAAGUGCAUCUAAGGGUGAUCGGACACACACUCACACUCACACUCACACAUACAUAUACACAAUCUCACACACGCGCGCGAUACGAGACGUGAACGAAGCGUCGAUGUUUUGUCCUCAUCGAUGUUUCUUUCGAUCGAGGAUCGCGCGAAAGUAAUAAAUGUAAUAAAAGGAGAAAAAAGAAAAAGAAAAAAGAUAAAAAAAAAGAAAUAGAUAAAAAGACGAUACUACUGCGUAACUUCGAGCAAAAAACUUCGAAGUUACGUAAUUGCAACCCGUACGUUCACAUCGAUCUCUGUGUAAUUUUAUAUUUCGAAGAUGCGAAGCAUUUUUAGCUGCAUGCAACGACCAAUAAUUUUAUUGUAAUCGUUAAUCGUGUAUAAAGAUUUGCACGGAAGUGAUAGGAGAAACGAUGUAAAAAAAAAGAAAAAAGAAAAAAAAGAAAGAAAGAAAGAAAGAGAAGAAAAGACAAAAAAACGAAAAAAAGAAAACGUCGAGGGGAAUAAAAAUAAAUUAGGGGAGAGAAGAUUGGUGAAGAUGAGAGAAGGGCAUAUUCGGGGUCAUUCGAAUGCCUAAAAAUCGCACGAACCUUGCUCGGCAGAUAUAAAGGGAAAAAAGUUCUUGAUAAAAAGGGGUAGUAAUGAGCUUUGUACAUCAACAGAGAGGGGAAUAGUAAAAGAUUAUCUUGUAAUAGUGUGAGUAGUGAGUGAAUCGCUGGAACGAGAAUGGAGAAUUGAUCGUUUGAAUAUAUUAUUACGUAACUUUCGAAGAGGAAAACAAGUAACGCCGAAUGGAUCGAUGAUGAUGAUGAUGAUGAUGAUGAUAAUGAUGAUGAUAAUAUUAUAUAUUGUUGUUAGAUUAUGUAUAAUAUAUAUAUACAUAUAUAUAUAUACACAUAAACACUGAUAUAAAAAUAAAGUAACCUAGAUAAUAAGCGACCACUUAUUCACACCACCUACACAUGGACACGGACACACGUAAAUACGUACAUGCGCGUGAAAAAGUUAACCCUUUAUUUAGCGAAUCGAAAGAAAGUAAAGAAAUUUAUUUUUUCGAAUAACUUUUUUUUUUAUCGGCAUUUCGAGCAAAAAGUAAUCGAUAUCUUGUCUUAAUUGGCAAUCGAGAUUUUUUUCGAUUUUCGAUUUUCGAUAUAUAUAUAUACAAAAAAAUUCGAAAGAUAUUAAAACGGCCAAAUUAAAAUAGUCGUGCCAAAUAAAAGGUUAAUGGAGGAGCGAAUAUACACCAUGAUCACGAGAACCACUAUUCUCACACGAGAAACACGAAACAAGAAACAAGAGACAGAUAAGAUUUCGUAGUUGUACCCGUGAACAUCCCCCGUCAAACCCAUCCCCCUGAGCACGAUCUCGGCUCUUGGUUAAGCGUAAAAAAUGCAUAGAGUCCUACUUUCUCUACUUCGACUCUCCUCUUGACCCUUGAAACGAUGGGAAAAAAGAAAAAAAAAAAAUAGAGAGAGCCAAGGAAGGAAACAGGAAACGCGUGUCGGAGUUUCUUCCUCCAGAUCGCGUUUCCUGUCCACCUUUCCUUCAACUAAAUAAAAAGAAAAUAAAACAGAACACGGAAAAAUUUCAAGUAUCAAGGAGGAGGCGACAGAGUCACCGAAAUCAGAGUCUCCGAAAAAAGCUUGAACGAAGACGAUAACGAAGCGGGGGAUAAAAUCAAAAUAGAAAAAAAAGAAAAGAAAAAAAAAGAGAAGGAUAAUCGAGCUUUCCUCUUCCUACGUUGUACGAGAAAUUCACGGCGUUUCUUUUAGCUUUCACGGCGGGAGGGAUGAAGGACACAAAAUGCGAGAGAGAGAAAAUAAAAAGAAAAAUGAGGUUUAACAAAAAAAGAGAGAAAUAAAAAUGAAAAAAAGAAAAAAAAAUGAUAAAGCAUGAAAAUGAUUUUUAGGGGCGCGCCUCAUCGUUAUAGCUCUUAAUACAAUAGUAAUAUUACGAGUAAUAAACAAAAGUGAAUUAACCAGAAAUAUGCGUUUAUGUUAUUUAGUUCUAAAAAAAAUGAAAAAAAAAAAAUGUAAUAAAAAUCAAUCGUGUUACCAACUCGUUCGUCUAUUUAUUUAUCAAUCAUCCUCUCUCGAUCGAACUCAUCCACCAUUUCGUCGCGCGCUUUUUCAACAUCCUAAUUUUAUAUUUAAUAUAAACGAUAUCGAAUUUUCUUUUGUAUCGAAAUUUCGACAACCGAUCGAAUGGAUUCCGCUGUGCGUGCAAUUCGCGCUACUCCCAAUUCUCCUCUUUUUUUUCUUUCUUCUUCUUUUUUUUUUUUUUUUACGCAAUUCUCGUAAGCGAUUUCAAAAUUGCUUGUGAACGUUCUACCUCCACUCCUCGUGCCACUUGUCAAUUGACGACUCCGCUUAUUAUUUUUUCGAACGAUCGUGUUGCUCAGUGCGAAUAAAAACGUUGCCGCGACACGUUGUUCCGACGCGUGCGCCAACACUUUUUCCACACUUUUUGAAAUGGAAAGUUAACAUCCGAUUAAUAUCGAUCGCGACGAAAUGAAGCAAACUUUUCUCUUCUCGCUCCUUCUCCUCGUAAUUCGUAAUUGCUCGGCCGAGAAAAUAACGUUGAGGAUCGAUUUGAACGAGCCCAUCGCUGUCACCGAUCCCAAGUUUCUCAGUCUUACCAUCGACCCGGUAACCCUGUUGGCCGGAAAUGCGGUCAGCACUCAUUUCGAGAGAAGCGUAAACCUGAUGAGAGCCUUGAGUCCAGCGUAUUUGCGACUCGGAGGGCCACGCAGUACUCUUUUCCACUUUGCCGAUCAAAAUUCCGAAGAAAAUGGAAAGAAGGGAAAAAUCGUGCUAUCCGAGUCCGAUUGGGUAUUGGCCCAUCAGUGGGCUGAAAAGGCAGGGUUGGAUGUGAUCGCCUGCGUUUCGCCGGACGAUCGACGAAGGAGGACGAUCGAAGGGGCCGAAGAUGCGAUGGAGAUAAUUUCUUUCAGCGAUCACAUGGGUUUUAACGCCAACUGGCAGCUGGGUUACGAACCCCAAAUCAGAUGCAAUCUGACGGGCAACGAUCUAGCGAGGCAAACGUUGGAUCUACGAAAAUCAUUGAACGAAUUUCCUAGAUAUUCGAACAGCGUGAUUACAGGGCCGGAUGUUGUAAUUUACGAUAACGAGAAGCAUCUAAAUUAUCUUCGAGAUUACUUCAGCUUAGCGAUUCCCGCGCUUUCGGCGAUCACGUGGCAUCCCGACCUUGCGAGCAUUACUUUGGAUAAUGGAGGAGCGUUCAUACACCAGGAUAACUUGGAAGAAGAUAAGGAAGAAUUGUUGAAAGCUAUAGGUCGAUUCGUAGACGAUCGACCGUUGUGGAUUGCCGAAUCGAGGCCGGAAGAAUGCAAGAAUUUGUACAUAGGGGCUCUCGUGUUGGCGAGAAGACUAGGAAAUUCGGCAAGAGCAAACGUGAACGUGAUCAUGAGGCAACCGGCAGACCUGACUUAUCCAACUCCAGAUUACUGGGUGUCUUUGCUCCACAAGAGCCUCGUUGGACCGCAAGUGUUCGACGCGAAGAUUCAAGGCGAUGGCAACGAGGAUCAUAUCUACCUCUAUUGUCAAUGCGCUUCCAACAAAUACGAAGACGGAUCGGUCGUGAUUUUCGGGGUGAAUUUGAAUCCUCGCGAAGUCACGUUCGAUUUGGAAGGGAUUAACGUAACCGAACACGUUCACGAAUACGUUCUUACACCAGGUUUCGAUGCGCCCAAUCGAAUGUUCGCGGAGACCAUCUUCUUGAAUGACAAACUAUUGACUCUGAUCAACGACACGGUCCCCGAGAUGAGUCCAAAGAUUCUGAACGACACGAAACAUGGUGUGGAUCUCCGUUUGCAGUCGGGCAGUAUCGGUUUCUGGAUUAUUCCCAAUUUAAAAAUAAAAUCUUGCACGGGAAACGAGACACCGAGAACGGAAGAGACGGUGGACGUAGACGAGAGAACUACGCGAGAAGAGAAGAUCGACAACGAGAAUACGAAACAAACACGCGUUGCCGGAUCUCUGCAAAGAAGAGCUAGCUCGAAUGAAAUCGACAAGAGGAAACGGAGAGGUGACGCGUCGAUCUAUAAAAACAGCAUAAAGAGGGAACUGAAGAGGUUGAAAAGAUUCGUGAAAAAGAAGCUGGACGAUUACGAUUACGCGAAAUCAUUGCCGAAGCUGAGAGUACUGUCCAACUCUAAGGAGCAAGGUGGAAAAGGGUCUACGCUGGUCCAAGAGGACGUGCAAAGCAAAUUGAAAGAGUACAAAGAUCGGUUGUCGCGGUUGAGGAAUCUGAUGGGAUCGAGCGACACGAAGAUGGAGUUGAGAAAAUCGAUCGGCGACCUGGUAGCGGACGUGAUAUCUUUGAUGUUGAAGAUACAGAACACUCUGGAAAUAAUGAGGAAGGAAAUCGAUCACGAGAACAAGACGCAGUCGUUCACCACCGUGAAAGAGACGUUGAAGUCCCUUUACGAUCUCUUGAUGAAUGCAAACUUGAACGAGUCGAUCGAUUCGAGGGAGAUGGCACGAGGAUUGGACAGAGCCAAGAGAGAAUUGCUCCAGGAGAGAGGAAUCCCUUUCGAUUCGAAAAGGGAGAGUAGCCUAUCGAGAAAACGAGCGAGGAACGAGGAUGUUGAAGAAGGAUCUAGAGGGGUCGAGUGGUGGAAAGAUGGGAGGAGUAAGAAGAAGCAACCGAGUUUUCUGGAAUGGGAUAGCGAGGAAGACAUCAAUUUUUACCGAUUCGAUCGUGAAAAUUCCUUCGUUAACGAGGAUUCCUUCUUAAAUACCGACUACGAUUACGAAGCGAGGGAUGACGAAUUCGAAGAUUCCGAGGAGCAAGUUUCAAUGGAGUACAUCGAUGACGUUCGUACGUGGGACGAAGACGAGGAUGAUCGUUUCUUCUAUCGCGAGCCCGUCCAAUUUUUCAAGAAUUCGAGGAACAAUCGAGCGGAAACGAGCAUAGGAGUUCCUGAACUGUGGGAAGUGGAAACGUACGAGAUUGGAAGGAACGAUAGAACGAACGGGAAGAAAUUCGAGAUGGUGAGGAUCGAGUCGGAUGGCACGAUUCGAGAUAGCAAGUUUUUGGAAAAAUUCGAUCGCGAGGGGGCCACCUCUUUUCCGAAAAAUCAUCGACCCACGUAUACCUCACCGUCUAACGUCCAGCCAGACGAGUCUGCCAUCCGAUCGUUCUUCUCUAAACGAGCACAACCGGCGGAGAGCGCGAUAUACAAAAAAAUUUCCAAUUUCCAAGAUCCGAGCUCUGGUUUCAAAGAGUCGAGUCCUUGGAUCGGAGCCGAUUACCUCGGGAGCAAGAGAUCGAAGAGGGGGAAAACGGAUUUGCGCGCAAUACUCGAUCAGGAGAUGAUCAAAGAGGACGAUGCUAAUUCCAAGGAUUGCAACUGCAGGGUUAUCCGACGCUCGAAAACUUGCGAUUGCCGAUCGAAAAGGGGCGCCAUCGAGUCGUUGGAAUCGCUCGAGAUCGACACGCUCGCGCCCCCGAAACAACAGCAACUCGUCGCUGCGGGUUUGGACAAGGAUAUAGUGCGCGCGAAUUUGCGGGAGGACACGGACGUGGAAGUGUUCGCGGACCUCGAGGACGGGCCCAAAAUAGAAAAAUCGACGCGAGGCGAGGAUUCGUCCAAGAUUGCGGGAUCGUCCUCCCGAAUCGAGUCGAAGAACGCUCGAGAUCCGCGCCACGAUUCCAAUAUCCCUGCUUUGGAGACCCGGUCGGAUCUCCGCCCCGAAGUGGCGUCGUCCGCUGAUCGUCCACGAUCCCCCUCCACCAUUUUAAACGCGAAGGAAGGCGCGGAUCGAUCGGCCGAAAGAUCGGUGAGACGCGAUGCGAGCAAGUUUCUCUCCGAGGAAGACAGCACCACGAUUAACAACGAGGGAUACACUUUUCCCGAUCGAGAAAAUUCUACAGGCUUUACGGAGGGGAGCGAGGAGAGCCCAACAAAGGGGGAAAGUUGGAGCGCGGCGAUCGAGGCGACUACCGCUUUAUCGGAGGGAAUCGUCAUCAAGGAAGAAUCCGAAAACAAUUACGAUGACGAAAGUUCGAAACGAGAGACAAAACUCGAGCAACCUUUGCUCGGUAAAAAGCCAGCGAAAGUCAAAAUAGGGAGCUCGCCCGCUCGCUCAUCGGCCGAUUUCAAUAGAAAUAAAAGUAGGAAACGUGCGCCGAGAUUAAACGUCGCAAGACAAUCCGAAUUGUCGAAGAAAGUGAGAACGUUGCAGGCUUUGAGGGAUUUGUUUCGUAAAUUGAAGGAGUCGCGCGUGUUGCUCCCCAUCCCGAGAUCGAGAUCGAUCGAGAGGGAGGCGGCGGAAUAUCGGAGGAAUCGUGCUCAACAGAUGAAACAAUUGCGGGACAAGUUGCGUGACAAGAGGCAGAUGAUGUUGAGGAAGUACGAGAGAGGUGUUCACGAGGCGGUCGACAAGGAGGAGAACGUGGAAAGGAGGAAUCUGAGGAGAAGAGAGGCGUGGGAGAGGAUCAAGGGGAGCCAGGAUUUUCGUGACAUGAUCGAUCGCGAGAAAUUAGCCUAUAUACUGAUGUAUCAACCAACCAAGUACGAUGAGAAGAGGGAAGUUGAGGGUGAGGAGGGGGUGUCGGGCGAGCAGGAUGAUGCACCGGUGACCGAAAUUCCGAGGGAUAGGAAUACUUGGAAGAGGAUUUUUAACCCGAAAAAUGACAAGAAUUCCCGCGAUCCCGUUGAUCGUUCUUACGAUAAUUUGGAUGAAGAUAUAAGAUUGGAGGAUUUACGAUCGAAUACGGAGAAAAGAGGAGAAGAAUCCGACGAAGGGGAAGGCGAGAGGAAAGACAAAGUCUAUUUCGCUCUGGUGGAGGAUGUAGAAAGGCCACGGAUAUACUAUUACGAAGGGAAUCCAGGGAAGAGAAUGAUGAGGGCAUCGCCUCGACGCUCGCCCAACCACAAUCGUCUCCUGCAAAAUUAUCUCGGAAGUAUUAAAGUCGUUCGAUAUUCCGAGGAAGAAUCGGAUCAACCCCCAAAGGGGAAAGAAAUAUACAUAAUCGACCCAUCCCGAUACAAAGGAGGGGAUCCUAGUUUGCAAUUGUACAAAAGUUCGAGGACAUCGAGGCCCGAUUCGCAAACCCCUUCGAAAAGAUACAAAAUUAUUUGGAAGCCUAUUAUAUUCAAACCUUUCAGGAUUCGUCAAUCGACGCAGCACAAACGGGAGGAUAAAAACGGGAGCGAAGAAGAAUUAACCGAAAAUCUUCUCGACGAUUUCAUCGAUUAUCUAGAUCCCAAAACUGUCGACGAGUUUCUCAAAUCGGGGAACGUCAUCGUGGACGAUAAAAUGGAAAAUUUCAUGCACUCGAUCGUCGAGAAACAAGAACCGGUUACGCGGUCGGAAGAAAUCGUGGAAGCCGAAGAUGAUCGAGAAUUCGAGGAAGCCUCCGCGAACGAGGAAAAUUCCAAAGAAUCUUUAAAGGUAGUCGAUGGACAAGGAGUCGAGCAACAGGGUGAAAGUUGUCGAAACGUUACGGAAGGGAGAAUGCAAAUGGAAGAUGGAAAUAUAUACGAGACUUCGAACGAGAAUAUCGCAAGUAGCGAUAACAGGAAGAAAGACUCGAAAAAGAUGGAAAUAAAACGGAAACGAAGAAACGCCGUUACCGAAUCGAGAAAAGAAGAAUAUUUCGGGUCUCUGCCUCUGUUUUUUCUUCGUAAAGCGAACAAUUAUUCGUCGCGUUUGAAGCAGAGUUCAAAGGAAAUUUCUGACGAAAAUCUUCUCAGAAUCGAAGAAGAUGUGGAAAAUGAAUCGGAUACGAAGAAAAGUAAGGGAGAAGAAAACGAGGCAAGCUUAAGUUCAGAAAGAUCACCUCUUUCUGACAAACACGGGACGGCGUUAACGACGUUGCCAUGGAUGGAAAGAUCCGGAAGAAGGGUUGAAAGAGAAGCGGCAGAGAAUGGAGAGAAGAUAGGCGAAAAUACCAACGUGGAAAAGCUACAACCGUCCGAAUUGCAACAUCUGGACGAACCUUCGAGCACAAAGAUUCCGACAUUCGGUGAAAUCGACGACGUCGAAAAAUCGCUGAUUCAGAAGAUACCGCUUGAAAAAUUCAUGCCGAAAGGGAGCAUCGACAAGAGUAAGAGGAAGAACGUAAGAAGAAACAAGAAAGAGGAUGAUGGAUUAUCGUUCCUUAUAGAAAAGAGUCUACCAAAGAUAGGGAAUGUGGUAAUCGACGGAUUAAACAAAGCGGAAAAUUUCACGGGAUCGGUGGAACAGUUAAUCAAGAAUUUGGACGAGAAUUAUAAUAGGACGAUCGCGAAGGGAGAUCAAGAAAGGAAUUCGACCAGUACCAGAUCGAUAGAUCCCGCUCAAAAUGUUUUUCGAAACGCGAUAACGAAUGUAAGAAAAUUUUUCAUGCUGCUUAACGGAGUCACGAAUAUUCUUCGUGGAUAAAAAUUUUUUUCAACCUUAUAACGUAUUUUAAUUUUGUAUACAUUCUAUUUUUAUAAUAUUUUUCGUGUAAUUUUUAUAUUUUUUGACCUAAAUAAAAAGAUGUUGUAAAACGUU